UUCAUUUCAUCACACGUCAGCUGAGUUUAACGCACGCAGUUCGACAGACUGCUACAAACCAAACAAGAAAAUCACGGCGUUCUGACUGCACUGUAGACAACCGCGAAUUCUCUUACUGUGAGAGCUAUUCAGGUGAGGUAACCUGAGCGCUCAGGGGUGCCAUGAAUUGGGCUUUUCUCCAGGGUCUCUUGAGUGGGGUCAACAAGUACUCGACUGCAUUCGGCCGUGUCUGGCUGUCCGUAGUCUUCCUUUUUAGGGUCUUGGUCUACGUCGUAGCUGCGGAGAAGGUAUGGGGUGACGAACAGAAAGACUUUGCGUGUAACACAGCUCAGCCUGGCUGCCAUAACGUUUGCUACGACCACUUCUUCCCGGUGUCCCACAUCCGCCUGUGGGCACUGCAGCUCAUCUUCGUCACCUGUCCGUCGCUCCUCGUGGUGCUGCACGUGGCCUACCGUGAGGAACGUGAGCGGAAGCAUCGCCUGAAAAACGGCGAGGGCUGUCAGCGUUUGUAUACCAACACUGGAAAGAAGCGCGGUGGUCUUUGGUGGACGUACGUCCUCUCGCUGGUUUUUAAGGUGGGAGUGGAUGCGACCUUCGUGUAUCUCCUGUAUCACAUCUAUGAGGGCUAUGACUUCCCCUCUUUGGUGAAGUGUUCUGAGUCUCCUUGCCCCAAUGUGGUUGAUUGCUUCAUCUCUCGGCCCACAGAGAAGCGGAUCUUCACCAUCUUCAUGGUGGUGACAAGUCUGGUGUGCAUCCUUCUCUCCCUUUGUGAAAUCCUCUACCUGGUGGGCAAACGCUGCUUUGAGUGUAUCCACAGGAUGCAGGGCUCAUGGCAGGUAAACAAGGCAAGGUCCAUCGCUAACUUGAGGAGUUCAAAUGCUCAUUUAGAUUCAAACAGCAAGAAACUGGCAAGCAAAGGCCAGCUAGUGCCAGCAUACGGUGUGGUCGUCCCAUCCUAAAAACAUGAGCUUGGAAAAUACUUUCACUCAAAGUGGGACCAAGAGAGAUAAAUAUUUUUCAUGUUCACCACGAUGUGAACUCAAACAUGACCAACUCAUUAAACAGUUGGCAGUAAAGGAAGCGCUUUAUCCAAUGGAUCUUUUGCUGUAAAGUUGUGACCUGAUAAACCACACUGUAUAUUUGAAAAGCUUAUGGGGUCAAAAUACCAACAUUCAGGAUGACACAGACUUUAGAUUGACUAAAGCAAGUCACUUCAGGGUUUUGGGUGUGUUGUGGAUUCUGUUAGGCUAAGCUCCAUAACACCAACACCAAUAGGCACUUUAAACACCAAAUACAAUACAGAUGGUAUAAACCCAGAUUACGAAUGACAGUAAUUACUAUUAAUUACAAAGUACAUAUUUGCCAGAUUUUCAACUGACACGAACAAGCAAAACGUGACUGUAAAUGAUGUUUAAUCGCUCUUUGCGUCACAUAUUUUUUAUAGUUAUUCAUUUGUUUUUUCAGAAGAAACCAAAAAUAGUAUAAUUAAUUGAUGGAAUCAUCUAUUAUCUGUAGAAGCCUGUUUUUAUUUCAGAGUAAUUCUGACUUCAUAUCCCACCAAAAAUGACAAUUCUGUCAUAAUUUACUCAUCCUCAUGUCGUUUCUUUAAACAUCACAGUUGUGAAUCACAAUAUGACUUUAUAUGAUGCAAUGUGACUUUAAAUCUCACAGUUGUGGAUUUAUAGCUUGUAAUUGCAACAUCUUGCAAUGUGUCUUUAUAUCUUGUUAAACUUUAUCUGACAAUUAAUUAUUAUUUUUUACUCUAAGAUAUAAACAGGCUUCCAUAGCUGGAAAUAAAUUUUACUUUACUAUGAUUUUUCUCAGUUGGAUCACAUACAGAGACUACAUUUCUUCUCCAUAUAUUGACAGUCAUCAAAUAAAAUAAAUGCUUUUAAACUCAACACAUUUUUACACACAGUCUCCCCAAAUCCAUUAUUUCGUAAACCUGCAUAGCCACCUUAAUUUUUAAAAAAAUAUGUUUGUUUACAGAUUUGUAUAAAAAACAUUUUGUACUGUAUUUUAUUGAAUUGUUUUUAUUAUUAUUCAAUAUUUUGUCAUUAUUUUGUUUUGUAUAUGAGCUGGUGUGUGUGUAUGCUAAUGUGUGCUUAAACUGUGAUGCUCCGAUCAAAUGUCUUUCAAGAAUUUUAAAUAUCAAGAAUCGAGUGAUAAAUGUUCAACACUGCCAUAUGAUCAAAUUCAAAUAAGAUAUUUUGCCUGAGUGUGUGUAUGAGAGUUUUUCAUUCACUGAUCAACUUAUCCAGAAAAGUAAAGCGAAAUCCUCUGUUUGUAUGCUAACCUUCUGCAUUUAUUUCGAAAUUACUGUUUACAGUUGUUUACAUUUUGAGAUGCAAUAAAAUCUGCUUUUUAUUUUCUUACAA